AUGACAGGGGCACGGGAAAGUGGCGCCGGGUGGUCCCAAACAAACAUUUUGUCGAAGGCAGCGACCCUUGACUGCGGGAUUCGUGGCCAUACGCCUAUUUCAUCCAAGAAAGCUUUGGAUGAGGGAUUGAUUGUGGAGGUCCUUAGAGACAGAGAUGGCCAUUCACGAGUGCAAGGUGGGUCUGGAUCUACAAGCAUGACGCUUAUGCCUUUUGCCAGAGGGUGUGAAGACAGGGCAGUGGCCAACGAGCUUCCCACAAGACCACCUCCAAUGACGAGGAUAUCUACUUCUCUCAUUUUCGCUGGCACCCUUCCUUACUGCACUAGGGAAAAUGGGGUGGCAGCCAGUGAUCUUGAAAGAUGUCAAGGAAGUGAGGCGGAGAGAUGCGACACAUUAGCAGAGAGCUGCUCUGUGGCAUAUCGUACCACAACAUUGACUUUCAACGGGGAUAGUAAAUGUUGGAUAAAAUAA